AUGUCUUUCAAAGCAGCCUUAGAAGCAGAUCAGGAAGUCCCCGAGUCAUGGUCUUCAUACAUGACUACUGUCUACCGCGGUCGUAAGCCUCCGUCUAUUAGCUCUUACGAUCCUGAAAAGCUAGAGGCGAAGGCGAGGGAAGUAACGAAAAAGAACGAAGCUGCAUUCCUCUACGUGUUUGGGAGCGCAGGCUCAUGUUCGACUGACCGAGCGAACCGCAAAGCUUUCGAAAAAUGGUGCUUUACUCCAAAGAUGCUGAUUGACGCGUCGGACCGCAACCUAGAGACAACCCUCUUUGGCGUCAAGUACAAGUCUCCACUUCUAUUGGCUCCUAUCGGAGUACACGGUCUACUUCAUCCUCAAGGAGAGUUAUGUGCGGCGACUGCUGCGAACAAUAUGGGAGUGCCGUUGAUCAUGAGCACCGCUGCAACUCGAUCGCUGGAGGACGCAGCAAAAGCGAACGGAGAUGGCCCGAGAUGGUAUCAGCUUUACUGGCCACGUUCGGAGCCUCUCACACUCUCCCUCCUUUCGCGAGCAAAAGCUUGCGGUUACACGGCGUGCAUCAUCACACUGGAUACUAUGUGUAUGGGCUGGAGACCUUACGACCUGGAUACCGCAUACCUACCAUUCAACCAUGGAAUUGGUAUCCAAGUCGGGACAAGUGACCCGGUUUUCAUGCAGUCCCAGGGAACCACUUUGAAGGGAGACCAACAAAGUCCAUAUGGCGGUCACGAAUAUAGCAAGAUACCGUAUCCAUUCGACCCCGUCGCAUGCGAUUCCGCGCGUGAAGCCGGAGACGAAUUCCACACCAGCCUCAAAACCCUCGGUAGGAACUGGAGUAGACAGAUACAUUCGGGUCUGUUUAGGACGUGGGAUGAAAUCACGUUUGUGCGAAAACAUUGGGAGGGACCUUUGGUUUUGAAAGGUAUUCUGCACGUAGACGAUGCAGUGAAGGCGAUGGAGGCCGGAUGUGACGGAGUCGUGGUUUCAAAUCACGGAGGUCGUCAAGUAGAUGGAGCCAUUCCGGCCCUUAUAGCACUCGAGAAGAUUUGUGGAGAUUCGAGGAUUCGAAAAGCCCAACUAGCAGGCGAAUUUACGAUCCUGUUUGAUUCAGGAAUCAGGCGGGGUUCUGAUAUCUUGAAAGCAAUUGCUUUAGGAGCCCAAGCUGUUUUAUUGGGCCGACCAUACAUGUAUGGCCUUGCUAUAUCAGGAACCCAAGGUAUAGAGGAAGUGGUCAGAGGAAUUUUGUGUGAGACGGAGUUGACAUUGGGUCUGUGCGGGUUCAACAGUCUGGACGAAAUUUGGGGGAAAAGGGAAGAGGUCAUGGACAAAUUGGAGUUGGGCUUCUACAAUUAA